CAUUUACAGGAGGUGAGCAUGAAGUGGCCAAUGGUAAACUUCUAAGAGGUAUUUGGACUCAUGAAGAUUCUGCACCAUCAGGGCCCUUGAGCUGCUGCUUGGCCAGUUCCCACACCGUGGAGUAUGCUUUCGUUUUCAACAAAUCCCUGCUUUUGUACAUUUGUUGCUUCGUUCUUUCUUUGCUUUGCUGGGCGUUUUGUCUAAUUCUUUGUUCAAAACGCCAAUAACCUGGACAGCUUGCAGUCAAGACCCUCUACCGGUGACACUUGCCCUCUUCCGGGAGUUAAACAGCAUUUCCUCUCUGCUCUGGGUUGGAAAAAGCCGCAGCCGCUUGUGGGCCAGGAACCCGAGGCCCCGCCCCUACGUGGUCCUAGCCUUUGCGCGUGCGCAGCCUGUCUGCGUGUGCGCAUGCGCAUAACGGCCGCCAUCUUAACCGCGCGCUCAUUCCGGCGUCUAAGGAAGAGCAUCUGUACCUUCCUGUUCACGGUGACUUUCGCUUGGCGUCCUCCUGGCCUCACCAGCCUGGCAAUUCUGUCGUGUCCGAGAGAUGGAUGAUGAAUGGCGCUUGAUGACAGAUGAGUAAUGCCUGUUGCUUAAAGAUUGACGGUAUGAGACAAGACUCCCAUUACUACUUAAUCAAGAGGAAUUGAGAUUGACCUACCCAUAAGUUCAGACAAUGUCUCGAAGAGACUUUGGGAACAAGAUAUUCAGGUACAUUUCACUGUUAGACUCACAGGAUGCUGGCCAUUGAUCUUUCCCUUUGUGAUCAUCUUUCUCAAGACUUCUUCUGUCUUCAUGAGGCAAAAUUUGAAGAGGAAAGGAUGGUGGCUGGGUGGUUGACAAGUUACUCUCAGGACUCAGUGACCUUUGAGGAUGUGGCUGUGGACUUCACCCAGGAGGAGUGGACUUUGCUGGAUCAAACUCAGAGAAACUUAUACAGAGAUGUGAUGCUGGAGAACUACAAGAAUCUAGUUGCAGUAGAUUGGGAGAGUCAUAUUAAUACCAAAUGGUCAGCACCUCAGCAGAAUUUUUUGCAGGGGAAAACAUCCAAUGUGGUGGAAAUGAAUUCAGAGUAAAAGGGAGAAUCUGAAUGAAAUAAAUUUGGAAAACUUGUAUGAAUCAUCAUUAAUUUUCACCAACAGGAGAGAAACCAUUUUGGAGAGGAACUGUUUGACUUUAACCAAUGUGAAAAAGCCUUGUGUGAACACUCGUGCCUUAAGACUCACAGGAGAACCUACUUUAGAAAGAAAACCUGUGAGCGUAAUCAGUGUGAAAAAGCCUUCACAAAACCCUCUACUUUACACAAGAAAACUGAUAUUGGAGAGGAACUUCCUAACUGUAAUCAAUGUGAAACAGCCUUCAGCCAACAUCUACGUCUUGUUUGCAAGAAAACUAGCCAAAAUCUACAUCUUGUUUGCAAGAAAACUCACACUCAAGAGAAACCAUACAAAUGCAGUGACUGUGAAAAAGGCUUACCUUCCUCCUCACACCUCAGAGAAUGUGUAAGAAUUUAUGGUGGAGAGAGACCAUAUACUCAUGAGGAGUAUGUCAAAACCUUUUCUGAUUCUACAGGCCUUUUUGUACACAUGCAAACUCAAGAUGGAGAAAAAUUCUAUGAAUGUAAAGCAUGUGGGAAAGCCUUCACUCAGUCUUCAUAUCUUACUCAACAUUUAAGAACUCAUAGUAGAGUGUUACCUAUAGAACAUAAAAAAUUUGGCAAAGCCUUUGCUUAUUCCCCAGAACUUGCUAAACAUAUGAGACUUAGAACUAGAGGGAAACACUAUGUUUGUAAUGAAUGUGGCAAAGAGUUUACUUGUUUCUCAAAACUCAGCAUUCACAUAAGGGUUCACACUGGAGAAAAACCAUAUGAGUGCAACAAAUGUGGGAAGGCCUUCACUGAUUCUUCAGGUCUUAUAAAACACAGGCGAACUCACACUGGAGAAAAGCCUUAUGAAUGUAAGGAAUGUGGGAAAGCUUUCGCUAACUCUUCACAUCUUACUGUACAUAUGAGAACUCACACUGGUGAGAAGCCUUAUCGAUGUAAGGAAUGUGGAAAAGCCUUUAUUAAUUCCUCUUGCUUUAAAAGUCACAUGCAGACUCACCCUGGUGUAAAACCCUAUAACUGUCAACAUUGUGGGAAAGCCUUUAUUCGAUCCUCGUUUCUUAUUCGACAUUUAAGAAGUCACAGUGCGGAAAGGCCUUUUGAAUGUGAGGAAUGUGGGAAAGCCUUUAGAUACUCCUCGCACCUUAGUCAACAUAAAAGAACACACACAGGGGAGAAGCCAUAUAAAUGUCAAAAGUGUGGGCGAGCCUUCGCUAUCUCAUCAGGCCUUACAGUACACAUGAGAACUCACACUGGCGAACGGCCCUUUGAAUGUCAGGAAUGUGGGAAAGCCUUUACUCGGUCCACAUAUCUUAUUCGACAUCUAAGAAGUCACAGUGUGAAGAAACCAUAUAAGGAAUGUGGGCAGACCUUUAGUAAUUCCUCAUGCCUUACUGAAUGUGUGUGAAUUGGGGCUGAUAUUUGGAAAGAAUGUGGUAAAGCCACUACUUCCUCACACUUACUGAACAUGUACUCAUAGUGGCAAUGUACACAGUCAUAAGGAAUGUGGGAAGCCUUCCUUGGUGUCUCAGAUCUCAACAAUUCCAAUAGAAGAGAAGACAUAUGAAUGUAAGGAAUGUGGGAAAGUCCUGGCUCCUUCCAUAGGCCGUACUUAUCCAUGUGUCUGUGCAUCCUAGGAAACAAACUGAAUGUAGAAAACCAUCAGUCGAUGCUUACAUCUUACUGAGUCUGUUUGAACUCAUGCUGGAGAGAAAUGCUGUGAAUGUGAGGAAGGUGGAAAAGCUUUCAUUAUUUUCCUCAGGCCUUAUUGAGCUUGUGAGCACACUGGAUAUAAAUGCACAUCCUCUGGAUGUAAGGAAUGUGUUGAAACCUUUUGCUCUGCCUUAUACCUUAAUAUUCAACUGUGAUCUCACAAGUGUGAAAAAUCUUGAAUGUAAGAUGUGUGGAGAUUCUUCUUUGUUUUUAGCUUCCACUUUGGGAGCAUGUCAGAUCACACAUUGGGAAGUCCCGUGAAUGAAAGAGAUGUUGGAAAGCCCUUGAACUUGGUCAUUAGGAAACAUCCACACUGAAGAGGAACUAAACUGUAUGGAAGGUCAAAAAAGCUGUAUUAAUUUAGAUGCAAAAAGUCAUACUAGAGGAAUACCAUAUCAGAAUGCUUUUGGUAAAUAUACAUGUUUUAAAGAGGUAUAUAUUAUUAAUAAAAAUAUCUAGCUAGUCUGAA